CCAUGUGUCCGGUCAGUAUAUAAGGCGGCAGCUCGCCGUCUGGGGCACAGUCGAACAGACAGCCAGCAACCCUCUGCUCAGCAACAUGAAGUUCUUGAUCCUGAUCCUGGCGGUGUGCGUGGCGGCGGUGUCCUGCCAGCAGCAGCAGCAGCGCGAGAAGCGUGGCUUCCUGGGCGCCGGAGUCCUGGGCGCCGGAGUGCUGGCCGCCCCCGCGAUCGCCGCCCCCGCCGUCGUCGCCGCCCCCGCCGUCGCUGCCGUCGCCCCCGCCAUCGGCUACGGCUACGGCUACGGCUACCACGGCGGUGUGCACGGCGGACUGAUCCACGGCUGAACACCACCUCGCUAAUCUCCAUGUCUUUCUCGUCUGUGUUGCUGGCGUCUCAUUAAAGCAAAUUUUUGUACAAUACCA